AUGACAACACCCAGAAAUUCCUUGAGUGGAACUUUCCCUACGAAGGGCCCUAUCUCCAUGCAACCUGCUCCAAAAGUAAACCUCAAGGGGACGCUGCCGCUGGUGGGCCCCACCCAAAGCUUCUUCAUGAGGGAAUCUAAGGCUUUGGGGGCUGUCCAGAUCAUGAAUGGGCUCUUCCACAUGGCCCUGGGAGGGCUGCUGCUGAUCCCCACAGGGGUCUAUGCACCCAUCUGUGUGACUGUGUGGUACCCCCUCUGGGGUGGCAUUCUGUAUAUUACCUCUGGAUCGCUCCUGGCMGCAGCAGAGAAAACCUCCAGGAACAGUCUGGUCCAAGCAAAAGUAAUAAUGAACUCAUUGAGCCUCUUUGCUGCCAUUUCUGGAAUAAUUCUUGUGAUCAUGGACAUACUCAAUAUUACGAUUUCACAUUUCUUAAAAAUGGAGAGUCUGARUAUUAUUAAAACUCCUGUGUCGUAUAUUGACAUAUACAACUGUAAACCCACUAAAMCCUCUGAGGAAAACUCUCCAUCCACAAAAUACUGUUACAGCAUACAAUCCAUGUUCUUGGGCGUYUUGUCAGUGUUACUGAUCUUUGCCUUCUUCCAGAAACUUGUGACUGCCGGCAUUGUUGAGAAUGAGUGGAAAAGAACCUGCUCCAGGCCCCAAGCUAAGGUGGUUCUUCUGUCAGCUGAAGACAAGAAAGAACAGACAAUUGAAAUAAAAGAAGAAGUGGUUGAGCUAACUGAAGUUCCUUCUCAAACAAAGAAUGAAGAAGACAUUGAAAUUAUUCCAGUCCAAGAAGAAGAAGGAGGAGAAGAAACAGAAAUAAAUUUUCCAGAACCUCCCCAUGAUCAGGAAUCCCCACCAAUAGAAAAUGAUAGCUUUCCUUAAACUAUUUCU